UCUUCGUAUCCAGCGGGGCUCUCAUUUAACAGUUUAUUUUAAAACUCAUUUCAACGUUCAGUUUCUUCGCUGGAUCGGUUUGCUACUUGUCACAGGCAUUAGUAUGGCCAACUUACCUCGUGUCCGACGUUAAGUCGCUUCUUCAAUCGUUGGGGGGAAAGAUCUGGCCUUUGAAAAACGUUUUGUGCGGAAUGAGUGUCGACUGUUGGAAUCGAGUUCGUCAGUGGCUGCUCUUAAUCGGCUGUUGUUUUGUAUUCGCUUUGUUGUUAUUGGCAAUCUUCGUGUGUAACAAUGACCACGAAACGCACGAAGAUGGUGGAGCUGCCACAAGGACAGAAGAAUGGCCUCUUUGUGUAGGAAAUCUUCUCGAAAGUGAGGGAUCUCAUUACGAGAAGGAAUCGACUGGAAUCUUCAGUGGUAAUCGUUUGAAAUCAAAGACGAUUCCGUGCAGAAUUCAACACUACAAGGCGGAGCAGAUGGUGGCCUGUCUAGAUGCGCUCAACGAUCUAACGACCAAGACCCAAAAUGGACGCGGGGAAUUGCAUUUUGCGUUCAUCGGUGAUUCUCGAACACGACAGCAGUUUUUCAACUUUGUCAGAUUGAUUCCGCAAUACGAUAAGAAAUCGAGUCCCAGCAUAGUCCCGGAUAACUAUCAUAACGACGUUGAAGUUACCAGCAAUCUGCUCAACAUCCGAGUAUCUUUUAAAUGGCGACCGCUCGUCAGCGAUGACGUCACGAAGGAGUUACGUUGGUUGGUAAAUUCUAAUAAAACCGACCGGCCUUACGUGAUCUUCUUAGGUAUGGCAGUAUGGCACAUGCUUCAAAGCGAAGGCGCUGAUUACCAACUGUACCGAAAGAAACUUUUGAAUUUGGCGCCUGUUCUCGACCAAUUGGCGCACGACAGCCAAAUCGUUUGGCUGAACCAAUACCCAAGCGUAGAUUUCAAUCAAGAAAUCGGCGUCUUCAAAACCGAUGGAAUUGUUUCGGAGAAGAUUCAUCGUUACAACGAGGUUGCUCGGCGUUUACUCUAGAAUCACACCAACAUCCGCGUAUGGGAUUCAAGCAAUUUAUUUGCCGAAGAGUACGUCCGCGGUUGCGCCAUUCUUGAACGCGACGAGCAAUCAUCGCCGUUGAGAAGAUGCCCCUCCGUCCAGUUUAAUUGCAAUGAUUUUUUGCACACAGGUGAUGUGGCCCUUUCGCAAGCCACGCAACUUUUAGUGAACGACGUUUGUAAUGAAUUUACCUGAAUAGACAAACUGGUGUCUUCAUUUUGCAACGA